AUGUUAAAGUUUUGUAGUAAGACUAAAAUACUAUUUGGUAGUUUGAAUGGUGGAAUCAUUUCAACAUCCAUUUUUAAAAGAGAUUUUUCAAAAAUUCCAAUUAGAACUUCAAUUUUUAAUAAUCAAACCAGCAUUCCAAAAAGAAUGAUGAUGAUAAAAAUUGAAGGUGAAGGAACUGUAAAAAAAGAAUUAACAAAUGAAGAGAAACAAAAGAUUAAAGAGAAAAAGAAAAAAGAACAAAUUGAAAGAAAUGCAUUAAAAAAACAGAAUCGUGCUGCAAUGAUUGAAAGAUCAAAAGAACUUAAAAAGACUAAAAAGGAAAAAGAUAUUCAAUCAAAUGAAAAGAAAUCUCAAAAUACCAAAAAUAAAGAUAAAGAUGAUGACGAUGAUUACUAUGAUGAAGAUGACGAAGAUGAUGAAGAUGAACAUGAAAAAAAAGGCGAAAGUGAUGAAAUUAUAGAUUUUGCUGAAGGUGAUGGAGAAACAUACUUUCCAAAAAAAGAAAAAGUUAAAGUAAAACCAAAUAAAAAGAAACCAAACAAUGAUAAAGGUUUUCGUAGAUGA